CAAGACUAUAUUUUUAGCGCCAUUUGUAGGUAUUAUUGCUGAGUAUCAAAGAUUUAGUAAGAUGAUAAAUGAGCAUAAUUAAUCAUUUAAGAAGAAGCAAGAGGACAACCAAAGUGUUCGCCAACAAUGCUUUUUGAAAUAACGUCUCACAUAUCGCCAAUGAGGUUUUCAAAAUGGAUUCUCUGACUGUUGCAAAUACCAAAUUUGCCAUUCUUCUGUAUAAGAAGCUAAAGGAAGGAAAAGGAAAUGAGAACAUUUUCCUGUCUCCAUUAAGUAUCUCAACUGCUCUAGCCAUGGUGUAUCUCGGUGCUAAAGGCAACACUGCUGCUGAGAUGGCUAAGGUUCUGCAGUUUGACACAGAUGGAGAUGUCCAUCCAAAAUUCAAGGAGUUGAUGGCUGGUAUCAAUGACCGUGACAAACCUUAUCUGCUGAAAUUGGCUAACCGUCUAUUUGGAGAGGAAACACACACAUUUCUCAAAACAUUCCAAAACUCUGCAUCAAAAUUCUAUGAUUCACAAUUGGCUGCUGUUAGUUUUCAAAGUCAGCCAGAAGCUGCCAGAAAAGUGAUCAAUUCUUGGGUAGACAACAGGACUGAAGGUAAAAUCCAGAACAUUCUGCCAGAGAGAAGUAUUACUCACAACACAAAACUUGUUCUUGUAAAUGCCAUCUACUUUAAGGGGCAGUGGAGCAGCAAAUUUACUGAAAAUAAGACAUACGUAAAAUCGUUCUGGCUAAACAAGAGAGAAUCCAAGCCAAUAAACAUGAUGUUCCAGGAAGAAGAAUUUUACUUUGGUUAUAUUGAGGAACUCCAAACCAAAGUUCUGGAACUCCCUUACAUCCAAAAUGAGCUAAGCAUGAUUAUCUUGCUGCCUGAUGGCAUCAAUGAUAACUCCACUGGGCUGGAGCAGCUGGAGCAGACACUUACACAUGAAAACCUUCUCCUUUGGACCAACCAGGCAAACAUGAUGAAAAUCAAGGUCAGGGUUCAUCUGCCCAGAUUUAAAUUGGAAGACCAAUUUGACCUUAAAGAUGUACUUUUAGCGAUGGGGAUGACUGAAGCAUUUGAUCUGGCAAAGGCUAAUUUCACUGGAAUGUCUGAAGCAAGUAACCUUUUCUUGUCAAAUGUUUUUCACAAGUCUUUCGUGGAAGUUAAUGAAGAGGGCACAGAGGCUGCAGCAGAUACUGCAGCCAUCAUUAACAAUCGAAGUUUACCAUUGGAAGCAGAAUUUGUUGUUGAUCACCCUUUCCUGUUCUUCAUCAAACACAACAAAUCAGAGAGCAUUCUAUUCUUUGGCUGCUUCUCUUCACCAGGAGAUGAAGUCAGGGGAUAUAAAGGUGCACAGCAAAUGAUGCAGCAGGUUCAAAGGUGCAAAUGAAAGAAUAAUAGGUGGAGAAAGGUGUACUCUUGAUCAAAAUCAUUAUUUGCAUACAGUUAUGUCCAAGAUUACAGAUUACAAUUAUUGCUUGGUGACAAUCUGCUAAAUGGAAUGAUUUAAAUUGUAUAAGUUCAACUGAUUUCCUGCUAGUUAUAUUGU